GUUAAACCCGUUCUAUAAAGCGGUGACUACCCGCUAGUUCACGUGCUGUGCUCCGAUUGCUGGCCGGCUUGCUCAGAUAGUUGGUUUCCGCAGACGCGAAGGGCCUGGAUGCGGCCGAGGAGGUCAGGAGGCUGGACUAGCGAGCUUCGAAGCCUCAGGAGGUACUCGAGUAACCCGGACUAAAUCUCCAGUAAGUUGACGUGUUAAUAUAUACCAUGAAACAAUGAGGAGGUUUUUGUUGCUUUAUGCUACACAGUGUGGACAGGCAAAAGCCAUAGCAGAGGAAAUAAGUGAGAAAGCUGGUACACAUGGAUUUUUUGCAGAUCUUCACUGUUUGAGUGAAUCUGAUAAGUAUGAUUUAAAAACAGAAAAAGAUCCACUUGUUGUCGUUAUUUCUACCACUGGCACUGGAGAUCCACCGGAUACAGCAGUCAAAUUUGUUAAAACAAUUAAAGAGAAAAAUCUGCCACCAGAUUUCUUCUGUCAUCUGCGGUAUGGAGUACUGGGUCUAGGUGAUUCAGAAUAUACCUAUUUCUGUAAUGGUGGGAAAAUAAUCGAUAAACGACUUCAAGAACUUGGAGCCCAACGGUUUUAUAAAACUGGGUAUGCAGAUGAUUGUGUGGGUUUAGAACUUGUUGUUGAACCCUGGAUUGAUGGACUUUGGAUUGCCCUCAACAGACAAUUUGUCCUAAGUGAAAGAAAAGCAGAUAUGAUCAGUGAUUUCAGUACCACAUCCAGUGCCUCCUUAAAGAAUGUUAAACCAGAAAUAUUACCCAUUGACUCACAAAUUGCACUUCUCAAAUUGAAUGAUUUGGAGGGGAAAGUUUAUUCAGGAACUUUAAUUGAAGAUUUUGAACCUUCCCUUACCCAAUCAAUACCACCCCUUUCACAGUCUGCUCUUAAUAUUCCAACAUUACCUCCAGAAUAUUUAGAUGUCCAGUUUCAGAAACCUCUUGAUCAGAAAUUUUCUUUCCAGGACCAGUGCCAAGUAUCUUUUACUCCAGUGGAGACAGUUUUCCAGGUUCCCAUUUCAAAGGCUAUUCGGCUUACUAAGAAGGAUGCCAUAAAAACCACUCUGCUAUUGGAAUUGGACAUAUCAAAUACAACCUUUUCAUACCAGCCUGGAGAUUCCUUCAGUAUUGUUUGUCCUAAUGAUGCUUCAGAAGUACAGGAAUUAAUUCAAAGACUUCAGCUUUCAGAGAAAAAAGAACAUUGUGUAAUAUUGGAAAUUAAAGCAAACAAUAAAAAGAAAGGAGCAGCCAUACCUCAGCACAUUCCUGAAAGGGUUUCUCUUCAGUUCCUUCUUACUUGGUGCCUUGAAAUAAGAGCAGUUCCUAAAAAGGCAUUUUUGCGAGCCCUUGUAGAAUAUACCAGUGAUUGUGCUGAAAAGCGAAGGUUACAAGAACUUUGCAGCAAACAGGGGGCCUCUGACUAUAAUCGUUUCAUACGAGACUCUUAUGUCACUUUGUUAGACUUACUCCAUGCUUUUCCAACUUGUAGGCCACCUCUUAGUCUUUUGCUAGAACAUCUUCCCAAGCUUCGAGCCAGAUCAUAUUCUUGUGCCAGCUCCUGUUUAUUUCAUCCAGGGAAACUUCAUUUUGCGUUUAACAUUGUAGAGUUUCUGUCCAGUGUGGAACCUGUGACUUUGAGAAAAGGAAUAUGUACGGGCUGGCUGGCCCUACUGGUUAACUCAGUAUUUCAAGGAAAUGGGAAUAUCUUACAAGGAAAUGAUAUUGAAUCUGGCUUUCCAAAGAUCUCCAUUUUUCCUCAUCCCACAAACUCUUUCCGAUUACCCAAUGACCCUUCAAUACCCAUUAUAAUGGUUGGUCCUGGCACUGGCAUUGCACCCUUUAUUGGUUUUCUACAACACAGAGAAAAGAUCCAAGAACAGUAUCCCAAUAGAAACUUUGGAGCUAUGUGGUUAUUUUUUGGCUGCAGACAUAAGGAUAGAGACUAUUUAUUCAGAGAAGACCUAAGCCAUUUCCUUAAGAUUGGAAUUUUAACUCAGCUGAAAGUCUCCUUUUCAAGAGAUAUUCCUGUGGAUGGGGAAGAUACCCCACCGAAAUAUGUGCAAGAUAGUAUUCGCCUUUGUGCCCAACAGGUCACAAGAAUUCUUCUCCAGGAAAAGGGUUAUAUCUAUGUGUGUGGUGAUGCAAAAGGAAUGGCAAAAGAUGUGAAUGAUGCUCUAGUGGAGAUCUUAAGCAAAGAGUCUGGAGUUGAAAAAUUGGAAGCAAUGAAAAUGUUGGCUGCAUUACGAGAAGAAAAACGAUAUCUACAAGAUGUUUGGUCUUAAGAAUUUUUUUUUUUUUCUGUCUGUUUGGAAUGACUCAGAUAUUUUGAGCUGAAAAUACUAUGCUUAUCUUCUAUUUUCAUAUUCUCUGCCAAUUGUUUUAGUUUUUAUAUUUUUAUGGAGGAACUUUUAUAUGAAAAACUUGCCAUUACAGAAAGCCCAUAUUUGGGAUUUUGAAUAAAUUACUGCCUUUGUUGCCUACUCAGUAGUACUUCUAAGAUUUGGGUUUUUUGGUUUUUUUUGGCAGAUACUCUAGUUCAGUGGGGUCAAAUCCAGAUAGAAACAGUGGCCACUAAUAUAUACAUGAAGAUUCUUAUGGGCUACAUAUCAACAGUUUUAAAAAUGAAAUAUGUGUGUUUUAUUCUAUUUUUAUUUUAACAUUUCCUAAUUAUGUUUAAAUCUGGUUCAGGCUGUACUCUAAAGGGUUAUGAGGCAUGUAUUUGGCACUUCUGCUGUGGUUGAUAAUACUGAUGUUGUUUGCCAAUUUUCCUUAUUAAAAUGAACUAGCAAAUAUGGAAGCAAGGUAAAAAACAAGUAGCAUGUGGAUUGGGACUUUUUCCUAUGUAGUUAGAACUAAACAAGCAUUUUAGCUUUAAAAGGGAAUAUUGUAACUAUCCCAUACAUUUUAUAGAUUUACAUACAUUUAUUUGCCUCCAAAUAUGUAGAAAUGUAUUAAAAAUGAGCAGGUUAGCCCUUCAGUGAUUUGGGUAGUAAUUAAUCCUUAUUUUAUUUUUGUCAGUUUAUAUUGUCCCAGUUCUUCAGGAUUUUUGUACAAGGUAACCUUCAUAAUUUAUAUUUCUAGAAAUGUUUAUUCUAGUCAAUAUCAUUUAAUUGCAAAAUUUUAUUUUCCUAUUAUCAGCUGGAAAUUCAGAAAAUAAAGUAUUUAGCAUCUAUGUUUCCAUUUAUAUGUUGUAUAUGUAAAGAUGGAAUAUAUAUUACUAUAUGUCUGUAUUAUAAAUAAUGUUAUACCCUAACAUAUAUAUAGUGCAUAUUAUGCUAUAUAAACAUGUGUUUGAAAUACUUAAAAAAAGAUCCCAUAUAGCAGUUUAUCACAGUAGUAAGUUGAUAUCCAUGUUAUAUAUCAAUCAUUUUAACUAAACUUAAUUAAAACUAAAUGACUUAAAAAUUUUAAUGACCCAGCUCGAUUCCUCUCAAAGAAAUGAAUAGACACCUUCCUGUUCCAUUGUAGCGAUUGGGGACGGGUUUGGGAAUGCUUAAUAGAAUUUUCCUCCCCUAUAUCGUGGUUAGUUGUUGAAUAUUUCUCCCACUUUUUACUUUGGAUGUAGGCUCUAUGGAAGAAGGAGGGAAGAACUUUGUCUUGGAAUAAAAUAUUUUUUCAAAAAACUCAAUUUGUAUAUUUUAUUUGUGCAUCUGAGAACAUUCUGAAAAUGAGUCCUUUCAUUUCACCUGAUUGCCAGAAGGAUGAAUGAUACAAUAAAGAUUUGGAAUCUGUUGAAUGGCAAAGGGGAGUUGAUGGGUGUAAAGGCAUGUUUAUAUGACAGAAAAAUUUUGCUUUCUUAAGGGAAAGGUCUUAUUUUGCAGAGUUAUUGUGAGGGUAUGAGACAGUAUUUGCAGUUCUUUGCAAAACAUGUUCCUGACAUAGUUGGGUGUUGUAUAGAAUAAUAAAUUAUUAUAUAUGUUAGUUUUGAAUAACAUGUUUAUUUUUAACAUUCCUUUUUUAAAAACAUGAGAUCCUAAUUCUCUUCCUCCAGCUCUUCCCCUUGUAUUGAAAGCAAGCAUUAUCAGUUAGAAAUGUGAAGUCAUGCAAAGCAAUUUCACAUUAGUCAUGGGGCAAAACAAAACAAAAAUACGGUUCAGUCUGUUCAUUGGUUACUCUGGAAGUGGAUAAUAAUUUUUAUCAUAGGUCUUUUGGAAUUGUCUUAAUCAGAGUAGCUAAGUCUUUGACGGUUGAUAAUUGUUAGGGUAUUGCUAUUACUCUGAACAGUGUUCUGGUUGUUUAUUUCACUUUGUUAGUCAUAUAAAUUUUCCCAGGUGUUUUUCUGAAACUAUCUUGCUUGUCAUUUUUUAAUCACAAAACUAUUCUAGCACAAUUAUGUAUCAUGUGUCCAACCAUUCCCUAAUGAAGGGUGAGAUAUCUCCUACCUCCACACAGACAUACACAUACACAAAAGAUCCGCUAUGAAUAUUUUUGUACAGAUAAGUCCUUUUCCCUUUGAUAUCUUUGGGGUGCAACAGUCAGUAGUGAUAUUUCAAAGGCAAAGGGUAUGCCUGGUUUUAUAGCCUUUGGAGCAUAUUUCCAAAUUUUCCUCCAGAAUGGUUGGGCCCUGCAAGUUACAACUCU